GCAAAAUUAUUUCCCUUGACAAGUGCCACGUUUUCGUCAGCAUUUAGCAUCGAGUUCAACAUUAAUACAAGCUACAAUGUCGGGCGACUGCAACACCUAUUGCCCCAACGUGUGCGACCCUUGCCAGGCGCCCACUGACUUCACCCCCUGCCCACCCAAUGCGACGUGCCCGCCAUGCGACUGUGGGGACUACAACGGUUGCUGCUACCAGCAGCCGGCUCGCGUCAGACCCAUCCUGCCUGUUUCCAACUUCAUGCGCUCCACGGCGCCUCUGGACACGGACACCAUCUACCGCCGUUCGUACUACGGCAACUGUGGGGACAACUUGCGAGCCCGCCCAAUCAUGCCGUGCUCCCAGAUCCGGGCCAGCACCGCUCCACUCGAGAAGUGCACGGUGCAGAAGCUGUCCUUCAUGCCGCCCUGCCCGGCCCAGCGCACCAGGCCGAUCAAACCCAUGGAGAGCGGUCUACGCUUCGAGGGACCCAUCUACGCUAUGACCUCGCAGAAGCACGACUAUGUGCCCAAGGGGCUGGUAAAGCGAGCUCCCAUUAAGCCGGCCGGGGCCAUCUGCACCUCGUCCGCGCCCAUGGAGCGCUGCACGAUUCAGAAGCUGAGCUACAUGCCAAUUGAUGUUUGCCAAAACCCUCCGCCCAAGGCCAUGCCGCAGGGAUCGCACUACUGCAAGCCGAGCGGACCGCUGGAGCGCUGCACCAUACAGAAGCUGUCGUACAUGCCGGUCUGCCUGCCGGCCAAGGAGCCCACUCCCUGGGCCGACAAGAUACGCUGCGUGCCACCGCGAUACCAGAACAUCUGCACAACCUACAACCUGAGCUAUAUGCCGAACUGUAAUUCGGGACGCACUGCACCGGUGAUGCCGGUAUCCAAUUUACGCUUCAUUGGCAACGAUCCCGCUGCCGGGAAUACCGUCUACAAGCUGAGCUACAUGCCAGUCGAUGCCUCGCGCAGCAAGCCGAUGCCGAUCCUGCCCAGAGACACUUUCUGCCGACCCACCGGACCCCUGGAGAGGUGCACCAUACAAAAGCUCUCCUAUCAGCCAAAUUGUACAGAACGCACUCCCCCCAUUCGCCCCAUGGAAAAUGGACUGCGCUUCGAUGGCCCCAUGUACGCCAUGACCACCCAGAAGCACGACUUUGUGCCCAAGCCGCACGUGCGCCGAGCUCCCAUUAUGCCGACCACGGCCUUCUGUCGACCCAGCGGGGCCAUGGAACGCUGCACGGUCAACAAGCUGUCGUACAUGCCUGUGGAUGUAACUUGCUUCCCUAGGCCCGAGGCCGUCGUGCCCAGAGCCGGAUUCUGCCGCAACGAGGGACCAGUGGAGAACUGUACUACGUACAAGCUGAGCUAUUUGCCGAAUUGCAUUCCGCCCAAGGAGCCAUUGCCCUGGGCUCGUUACACCUCCUACUGUCGUCCGAGCGGACCCAUUGAGAAGUGCACCAUCCAGAAGCUUAGCUAUGGGCCCCCGGGCGCCUUUUCGCGUUGUGGCGGACCCUGUGGAAACGGCGCUGGCGAUGCUGGCUGCUACCCGAAAGCUGGCAUUUGUUAAGCAGGAAUUACAUUUUGACUGCACUCCCAAAGUCCCGCCCAUUCUCUAUGUUAAACGUUA